AUGGCGCCCAAGGCCGAGAAGAAGCCCGCGGCGAAGAAGCCGGCGGCGGAGGAGGAGCCCGCGGCGGCCGAGAAGGCGCCCGCCGGGAAGAAGCCCAAGGCGGAGAAGCGGCUGCCCGCGGGCAAGUCGGCCGGCAAGGAGGGCGGCGGCGAGGGCAAGCGGGGCAGGAAGAAGGGCAAGAAGAGCGUGGAGACGUACAAGAUCUACAUCUUCAAGGUGCUGAAGCAGGUGCACCCGGACAUCGGCAUCUCCUCCAAGGCCAUGUCCAUCAUGAACUCCUUCAUCAACGACAUCUUCGAGAAGCUCGCCGCCGAGGCCGCCAAGCUCGCGCGGUACAAUAAGAAGCCCACCAUCACCUCCCGCGAGAUCCAGACCCCCGUGCGCCUCGUCCUCCCCGGGGAGCUCGCCAAGCACGCCGUCUCCGAGGGCACCAAGGCCGUCACCAAGUUCACCUCGUCCUAG